AUGCCCAUUAAAGCACGAAAAACAUCGUGUAAGAAUAUUUUCGACUCUUGGAAGAGGCCGUCGACGGACUACGAAGAAAAAAUUAUUGAAGAGACGCCAAGCGCGCGUCCCAAUAAGAAAGUCAAAAGUAACACGAAAACUGAUGUUCUGCCGCUAGCCGCGAAGGUGCGACCCAACAGUUUGGACGCAUUCGUCGGGCAAAAAGAGUUGGUUGGUGAAAAUGGGUUGUUGCGAAAUCUCAUCUUACGCGAUAAAAUACCAUCGAUGAUACUAUGGGGGCCUUCUGGAACUGGAAAAACAACUUUGGCCAGAAUAAUAUCAAACAUGACGCAAUCGGUCUUCAAAGAAUUUUCGGGAAUUACUCACGUGCCGUACGUGGAAUCAGGAGAGAUCACCCUUAUAGGCGCAACGACAGAAAAUCCUUCAUUUAAGAUAAAUUCGGCGUUAUUGAGUCGAUGUAAAGUCUUUACAUUGAAUAAAUUAUCUUCAGACGAGGUGCACAAUAUCUUACAAAAUAUAACUCUUGGCGACCAAGCCAAAGAUGAGUCAUCGGGAUUCCAAGCAGCGUCGCAAAUUGCUAAGGAACAAAAACUCACAGAUAUGAUAAACGACGAAGCCCUAAAGUUUUUGGCCGUCAUGAGUGAUGGAGAUGCAAGAAUAGCGUUAAAUGCACUAGAAAUAGCAAUUAACACAUCACCUAAAAAAAUGCUGACAAAGGAAGAUGUCAAAAGGGUAAAACAAACUAUUCAAGAGGAAUAUGCCUAUCCGGUUCCUAUGAAUAUAAGAAAUGCACCAACGAAUCUGAUGAAGGUAUGGUGUAUUCAUAUGUUGAGUAAAAGGAGAAUUGACUUCAUGAAUUCAUCUUUGAGUAAAAGGAAAAUUGACUUCAUGAAUUCUUCUUUGCGUAACAUUAUAAAGGAUCUUGGCUACGGUCAUAAUUACAAAUAUAAUCCCGAGUACGAAGGUCCUGUGUACCAAGAAUAUUUGCCACGAGAAUUGAAACGAAAAGUAUAUUUGGAUGUUUACAAGCCCACAAAAAGUGAUGAGGAAAUUGGAAAACAGCGAGAAACCAUCGGACCACCUCAAAAUGAUGGACCGAACUUUUAG